AUGAGGCUCCUGCUCCUGCUGCCCCUCCUGGCCCUCCUGGCCCUUGGCCUCUGCCGCACAGCUCCGGAGGGCUCUGUCAGCACCGACUCCCUGAGCUCCAAAGCCUUUGUGUCCAAACGCGCCAGCACCGAGAUGCGGAGGCACAAGAGGAAUUACGCCUAUGACAGCAGUGCCUAUGGGGCCGUGCGGGACCCGCUGGAGGCCAAGCGGGAGGUUUGCGAGUUCAACCCCGCCUGCGAUGAACUCGCCGACCUCAUCGGCUUCCAGGAGGCGUACCGGCGGUACUACGGCCUCGCCUGAGCCCCACAGCGCC